AUGCCAUACCACGCCGGCGCCGUCGCCGCCUUCAAGACUGUCCCCUCCCAAUCCUACGACGCCACGACCAAGCGCUGGAGCUUCCACGUCGACGACCACGCGCGCUUCGGCGCCAGUCUACGCCCGCUACGCCCCGGCGCACGCGUCGACCCGCUCCCGAGGUUCGUCCUCGACGCCGUCUCGCGCCGCCAGGGGGCGCCGCGCCGCGACGACGACCCGGAUCUCGCGGCGGCAGGCGUCGACGCCGGAUUGGUCGCCGCGCUGCUGCCGUUCCAGCGGGUGGGCGUCGCGCGAGGGAUUGCCGCCAGGGGGCGCCUGCUGCUCGCGGACGACAUGGGGCUGGGGAAGACCAUACAGGCGCUGGCGAUCGCCGCGUACUAUCGCCGGGAGUGGCCGCUGCUCGUCGUGUGUCCGAGCAGCGUGAAGCGCGCGUGGGCCGACGCGGUCGCGCGGUGGCUUCCCUCGGUCGCCGCGGGCGACGUCGUCGUCGUCGACGCGGCGCGGGGCGCGGUCGCCGCCGACGCGGAGGUCGUCGUCAUGAGCUACGACGUCAUGACGCGCCGCGAGAGGGCGCUGGCGUCGUGCCCGUUCCGCGUCGUCAUCUUCGACGAGUCGCACUUCCUCAAGGACGCGAAGAGCGCGCGGACGCGCGUCGCCCUUCGCGCCGUCGCCCCGGCGACGUUCCGCAGCUUCCGGGAGUUCGGGGCGCGGUACUGCGCGGCGCGGCAGACGCGCUGGGGCUGGGACUACGGCGGCGCGUCAAACCUCGCCGAGUUGCGAGCCGUCGCGGACGCCGCCGGCGUCAUCUUGCGGCGGACGAAGCGCGAAGUCCUCUCCCAGCUGCCGGCGAAGCGUCGCUGCGCCGUGCUGCUAGGGGGCGUUGACGCAGCAUCGGCGCGCGACGCCGCCACGCGCGAUCUCUCCGGGGAGCGCUGCAGUGGCGCCCUCUUGGAGUUGUUCGCGGCAACCGCGCGGGCGAAGGCUGCGGCGGCGCGCGACUACGUCCUGGACCUCCUCGAGGGAGAAAGCGCGAAGAUGAUCGUGUUCGCUCACCACCGCUGCGUCAUGGACACAGUGGCGGCCGGGCUGAGCGCGCGCGGACACCGGCACGUGCGCGUCGACGGCGCGACCUCCUCCGACCUCCGCGCCUCGCGCUGCGACGAGUUCCAGACGCGCGACGACUGCAAGGUGGCGCUGCUGUCGAUCCGCGCGGCCGGCGCCGGGCUGACGCUGACGGCGGCGUCGUUGGUGAUUUUCGCGGAGUUGUUCUGGAACCCGGGCGUGCUGAUGCAGGCGGAGGAUCGAGCGCACCGCAUCGGACAGCGUGACUCGGUCGACGUGCGCUACCUGGUGGCGAAGGGCACUGCCGACGACCAGCUGUGGCCGCUGAUCCUGCGGAAGCUGCAGGUCCUCAACCAGGCCGGACUCAGCAAGGACGACUUCGCCGACGCCGCGACGACGGUGGCGCCCCCUGCGCGCGACGAGGGGCAGGCGACAAUGUGGAGGUACCUGCAGCGGGCGAUGGAGGAGGACGAGGAGGGAGAAGCUGAGAUGCUGAGAGCUGCGGAGGAGAAUUUUGUAUGA